CAGUUGCCCUGGUGAAGACGAAGCGCCAUAGCCACGGUAGCCCUGGCGACGAGAGCCCAGCAACGGGAAUCAACAACAACACCCAAUCCGCCAUAAAAAUAAAAGAAGACAUUUUCCCCACUUGGGAAUUCACACGUGAAACCAGAGGGUGAUUCCCACUUCUUGUAAUGGCCACCUCAGGCUACGUAGGUGAGAUACAGCCGACAGCCCAAACCCAGGGAGCUCCUGUUUCCAUCACACCAGGUCAACCUGACGCCGCCUCCACCCCUACAACUGCCCCUCAGUUUUUGGCAGAGAUUCAGACUACUGUGGUAACUCCUACUGUUGUCACAGCCACAGGGCAAACUACUCCCACAGAAGAAAGUACUUCCCUCCCUGCUCAGAAACCUUCAGCUGGGAAUCAAUCCCAGUCCACAUCACAGACCCAGCCACCUCAGACGCAGUAUGUGACUGCGGAGAUCCAAAGCUCCCCCACACACUCUGGAAAUGCUCAAAGCACUCCUCAAUACAUCGUUGUUACUGUCACAGAGGGUUCCCUGAACUCAAGUGACAGCGUGUCAGAUGCCAGUCCUCCUCCAGCUGUGGUUCAGACAGGAGUUCCCACACAGGUUGUUCAGCAGGUCCAGACAGCCCAGCAGAGAUCUGUGGUGCAGGCCACCUCUCAGAUUCCCAAAACUGAGCCAGGCACUCAGCUUAGUGUCACCAGCCUACAGCCUGUUCAUAUCACCCAAGAGGUUCAGCAGCAGCUCACAUCAGUACCAGUGCAACAUGUGUACACAAGUCAAGUGCAGUAUGUGGAAGGAGGAGACACCAACUACGCCACCAGCACCAUGUUAGAAACUGUCCCAGAAUUCUUUCAACAAAUGACCAGUCGUUCCAGCUCUUUCCCUUACACGGAAACUCCUCUGUACACCCAGACUACGGCAACGCAGUAUUACGAAGGUCAGCCAACUUCAGGCUCCCAGGCCUCUACCCCUGGCACACCCAUGACCGUCUCUGUGGCAGCUGGCACCACAGGAGGUGUGUCUAUGUUCGUGGCCCAGACCACUAGUGCAACAGGGGGCGGGUCCACUGUAGUGACAGCAGGGGGUACUACCAACGGGGAAGAGGAUGGGACAGGCACUAAUGGUAGUGCAACAGGCAGCUACGUGAUCCAGGGGGGUUACAUGCUGGGCACCAGCAGCAGCGGAGCGGCGGCUGGCAACAGUCAGAACUACUCACACACCGCCCGCGCCUCCCCAGCCACUGUGAGUAUUACAGAAGGCGAGGAGAGUAGCGUGCCGUCGGCAGACAAGAAGGUGCAGUGGUUGCUGGACAACUAUGAGACAGCUGAAGGUGUAAGUCUGCCACGCUCAACGCUUUACUGCCACUACCUGCUGCACUGCCAGGAACAGAAACUUGAGCCUGUUAAUGCUGCUUCUUUUGGGAAACUCAUUAGAUCGGUGUUCAUGGGUCUACGCACAAGACGCCUGGGCACUCGGGGUAAUUCAAAAUACCACUAUUAUGGACUGAGAAUCAAGGCAGGCUCUUCUCUUCUCCGUCUGAUGGAAGACCAGCAACAUCUGGCAAUGAGGCAACAGCCAUUCUCACAGAAACAGAGGUUGAAGCCUGUGCAUAAAGUUGAAGGAAUGACCAACGGCACAGCAGCAGGAGCAGGCCAGCAGCAACAGCAGCAGGCGGGGUCAGGGCACGUGGACAUCAGCAGCCAGGUUCAGCAUUACCAGCAGUUCCUAGAUGCAUCCAGAGCCCUUCCAGAGUUCCCAGACAUCGACUUCCAGGGGAAGUCUCUGCCAGAGGGUAUUGAACUUGAGCACAUAAAGAGCUUUCAGCUGCUGUACAGAGAACACUGCGAGGCCAUACUGGAUGUGAUGGUCAACCUGCAGUUUACGCUGGUGGAGACUCUGUGGAAAACCUUCUGGAGGUUCAGCCAAAGUCAGGCUGGAGAUGCUACACUGGCCGUUCAUGAUGAGUCAGAAAAGCGUCUUCCAAAGUCCUGCCUGGUGAUGUUGUGCAAGUAUGACCCAGUGCUGCGUUGGAGUCGUGACUGUGACAACAGUUUGUACCAGAGCCUGGUGGAGAUCCUCAUCCCUGAUGUCCUCAGACCCAUCCCCAGUGCCUUAACUCAAGCCAUUCGUAACUUUGCCAAGAGCCUUGAGAGCUGGCUGACCAAUGCCAUGAUGAACAUUCCUGAGGAAAUGGUCCGCAUCAAGGUAACAUCGGCCAAUGCAUUUGCUCAGACGCUGCGUCGUUACACCAGUCUGAACCACCUCGCCCAGGCAGCUCGCGCGGUCCUGCAGAACACGGCUCAGAUCAACCAGAUGCUGUCUGACCUCAACCGUGUUGACUUUGCUAACGUUCAGGAGCAAGCUUCAUGGGUGUGUCGCUGUGAAGAUCGUGUAGUCCAGCGGCUGGAACAGGACUUCAAGCUGACCCUCCAGCAGCAGAACUCCUUAGAGCAAUGGGCUGUGUGGCUUGACGGCGUAGUGUCCCAAGUCCUAAAGCCCUACCAGCACAGCGCUGCAUUCCCCAAGGCUGCCAAGCUCUUCUUACUCAAGUGGUCUUUUUACAGUUCCAUGGUGAUCAGAGAUCUAACCCUGCGGAGUGCAGCCAGUUUCGGAUCCUUUCACUUGAUCCGGCUGCUGUAUGAUGAAUACAUGUACUACCUUAUAGAGCACAGAGUGGCCCAGGCUAAAGGAGAGACCCCCAUUGCUGUUAUGGGAGAGUUUGCCAGUUUAGGCCGGGGGCUGAACCAGCUAGAUCCUGACAAAGAGGAAGAGGAGGAAGAAGAGGAUGAUAGUGAGGAGGAAUGUCAGGAGCUGUCCCUUCCCCCUGACGGCCCCAUGCUAGGAGACGAGUCUCUGGAGCCGCCUGCUAAGUUAGCCAGAACUGAUCAGAGAGUUCUCUUCACUACAGGGUCAGGCGACAACUAACUACUGACAGAUGUGGGCUGAGAUUAUAGAUCAUACACACACAUACGCACACACAGAUGUACAUAGAAUACUAAUUUAUACAUUUGUUAUAUAGAUAUAUGGAUCUUGUCAACUGCUUACUGUUUUGAUUCUGUUGUUGAGACACAAUCAAAACACACCCAGUCAUUAACUGCUGCUGUCUGGAUAGCACAACCACCUAUUUACACCAGUUAUUAAUUCCACCAUCAGCGAUGAUGUGUUAGGAUGUGGCUUCAAGAACCAGAGUCUCUAAAGGAGGAGGAGAAACGGAGCAUUUUAACCCUCAGCUGUAUGAACCUGUAAAAAUGAUCUCAAACUAGGCAUGUUUUCUGUCGCCUCAUUGAGAAGUGUCUGCUCACUUUAGACCAUUCUGAAACUGUCACUGCCAUGUCAAAGUGGUCUUUAAAAUACUGUGAUGUGUGUGCGUGCGUGUGUGCAAAGGUAACUUCUACAGCAGGAGGCUGCAAAGUGAACCUUAAGCUAAACAUAGUUGUUACUAAUUCAUCAAUUGCUACAUGAAAAUAUGGGAGUUUUUUUUUGUUUUGUUUUUAAAUAAUACAGCUGGUAGAUUUUUAAUAUGAAAUGGGUUUGUUUAGUCUGUGUUCUGAUGUGCUCCUGUGUUCCCUGACAGUUUGUAUGAGCACUGUGGUCACAUUUCUUCACUGUUAUUUCAAGAUACUGAUUGAACAUGCUUUUCCGUGGUGGUAUGAGUUGUGGGUAACGACAAGUGUUUCUGUAAUUAUUUCAUUGCACCUUCACAUUUUUUAUGUGGGAGGUGUGUGUAGAUACACUUGAUUUUAUUUGCUUGUAAAGGAAAUGUUUUUGUGUAUGUGUGUUCUCGGAGUGCCUGUUACAGCUGAUAAACACACUUGUAAAGAUAGCUACAGCUGUGGAAUAAGGACUCCUGUUAGUUGCUGCAAAAUAUCCUCACUCUUUUAUCGAACAUGUGGUUCCAUGAGAGAGGUACUGUAUGUGUCAUGUUUUUUUAUGUUGAAAGUGCUUCAAUCCUUCCUCUGUGGCCUCAUUUUCCUUUCCUUUCAGACAUUAUUUUCUUGCCUUAUUUCAGUAUACUUUUUCCAUGUGUGUGCCAAACCGGUUUUCUUUGAUCUCUGUUCCUGUUUUAAAUGGUCUUUCUAGGUUUUAAGGAGGACUGUGCCUGAGUAAGAGCAGUGUUAUAUUCUACUGUAUAUUUAUCCACUUUUUUGAAUUUUUGUCACUAAGUGAACCUCUUGUGCAGUGUAUGGUGCUGUGUUGUCACAUAUUGUAAAGCAGCCUUUGUGUGCAUUAUUGAUUUGUGAUUGUAUGUUCUGUUUUCAAUCCUACAUCAAACCUGGUGUUUUUACUACAAACAGGCUUGGGCCCUGCCUCUUUGCACAUGUCGACUAUUGUCUUUAAAGCUCAGAGUAAUCUGAAAUGUUUUUCAUUUUUCUUUGAAUUGUGUUUCAUGUUGAGAUGGAGGUGUUAGGUGUUACAUGGAAAUAUAUCUCACCACUCGGAGCAGUUCAGAAAAUUUGGUGAGAGGUGAGACAACUUA